AUGGCCGAAUUAUGGUGCAACGCCUAUAGUACCGAUUCGACACUUAUCGAGACUGGUGAUGAUAUAAGUACUUCUAACCAAGAAACAAAAGGAUCAAAUUGGACCGCUUAUGUUAACGUUGUGUGUCUGAUAGCAGGAUCGGGCACGCUCGGUAUUCCAUACGCGAUUCAACAAGGUGGUUGGAUUUCCCUGCCAGUCAUGUUUCUUUCCGCUACAAUAUGUACUUACGCAAACAUAAAAUUAAUCGAAUGUUUAUAUCAUGAUGG